AUGACCCCGUUUGAUCACCCUCAGGCCAAAGGUCUCCUCUCCAGGGCGAGACCCAGCAAUGACACGGAGCAAUGUCUGGAUGGAUCGGCCUUUAGCACCGAGGGAUACACCGCCACUAUUGUGUCUGAGUGGGAUCUGGUGUGUGACAAUGCAUGGAAGGUCCCUUUUUCCACCUCCUUGUUCUUUGUAGGAGUCUUGAUUGGAUCCUUUAUCAGUGGUGACCUCUCAGAUCGGUUUGGCAGGAGGCCGGUGUUUUUUUCCACCAUGGCCUUACUAACAGUCACUCCCUUGAUCCAGGCCACCUCCGUCAGUUGGAUCAUGUUCUGUAUCCUCAACGCUCUGAGAGGACUUGGCUACUUCAAUUACUUCAAUUACUUCAAGCACAUGCACUUCUAUUGGUCUCAAAAGAGCCCAUGUCUUUAUCUCUUCUUCAAUAUCUUCCUGUGACAAAGCGCAGCUUACUUGCUUGUAGUUUGAUGCAAGCUGUACAAGGUCAUUGCCUUGUGCUCAGGUAGUUGAAGGAAGCAAUGAACUCAAAAGGGCUGCAGAUAGUUUUCACAUUGUUUAUGUGUUAAUUUGAUAUCAAAUAUACUGUACUGUCUCAUAUUAACACCAUGCUCCAAAUCCUCUUCUUGGUUAGGGUCUGAGA